AUGGUUCUUCAGGACAUUCAAGGGCCCUUUAACUUAUAUUCUGAUAGCCUGUAUAUGGUUAACCUGCUUCCUCAUGUCCCCCAAGCACAUAUUAGGCUGGAUGAUAACCCUAUUUCCCCCCUUAUGGUUACCCUCAAAGGUUUAUUAGAGGGACGGGGGGCUCCCAAUCAUGUCCAGCACUUGAGGGGACACUCAAAGCUCCCUGGGUUUCUGUCUGUUGGAAAUAAUUGGGCUGAUCAACUAGCCACCGGCCCACAAGCAUUAACUUUACAGGAAGCCACUCAAUUACAUGACUUAACCCAUAUCAAUUGGAGGGGCCUACGAUACAGGCUCCCCCAAGUCCCUGUAUGGGACCUCAAAAAAAUCAUCCACACUUGCAAAACGUGUCAACCCUUCCUGAAGGUGCCCCCAUUACAGACACAGGGAGUAAAUCCUGGAGGCCUCAAACCCAACACUCUCUGGCAAUCUGAUGUCACCCAUUUUUCAGCCUUUGGCCUGCCAGCACAGGUUAAAACAGAUAAUGGACCUUGCUUUAUUAGUGAAGCAAUGUCGGACUUUUUUAGCAGAUGGCAUAUUAAACACAUUACAGGAAUACCUUACAACCCUCAGAGCCAGGUUUUAUAUAAUUCACAGGUCAAGAAUGAUGAGAACUGCCUUGAUUACCUGAAGCCAAGUGUCUUCAGAGAUGGAGACCUAGUGCUGGGAGUGUUUUUUCCCCUGUACUACAUGGAACCAGAAAGAGAGAUGAUCCAAUUAUCCUUUUUACUCAAGCCUGAGUAUAAAGUGGUGGCAUCUUGGUGGUUGUGGAAGAACUACCAACAUGUCCUGGCUUUUCACUUUGCCAUCCAGGAGAUCAAUAAGAAUCCCUACUUACUCCCCAACAUGUCCUUGGGUUACCAAUUCUACAAUGGUUUUCCCAGUGAUCAGUUCACCUUGUGGAGCACUCUGCACUGGCUCUCAGGACAGGGUAUAUUUGUCCCUAACUACAACUGCAAAAAACAGGACAAAUCAGUCGCCAUCAUUGCAGGAACCACAUCAACAUUUUCUGCUGAAAUUGGAACUCUUUUGGAGCUCUACAAAAUCCCACAGAUCACCUAUGGCCCUUUUGAUCCUCUGCUAAGUGAUAAAGACCAGUUUCCCUCACUCUAUCAGAUGGCCAACAGUGACAGCGCUGUGGCUCAUGGAAUGAUCUCCUUGUUGCUGCAUUUUGGCUGGACUUGGGUGGCGCUCUUUGUAUCUGAUGAUAUGAAAGGAGAGCAGUUCUUUCGGUACUUCGAGGCAGAGAUGGUAAAGAAAGGUCUCUGUGUGGCCUUUACACAAAAACUCCCUGCCACUAAGAGACUGUAUGCCUCCACUGAUAUCACUUUCAUGACUGGGAUCAGCCUUUCUUCUGCAAAUGUGCAUAUACUCUAUGGUGAAGUAAGGAGCCUCAUCAAUGUGGACUUUGCAGGAGAGUACUUUUUAACCAUGGGCAAGGUGUGGAUCAUGGUAGCAAAGUGGAACAUUGUUGUGCAUGAGACAUACCGUGCACUGCACUCUUUCCAUGGAGGCUUCUCAUUUUCACCACACAAGGGGGAAAUUCCUGGCCUCAAACAUUUUCUCAAGACAGUGGACCCUUCCCACUACCCAGAAGACUUUUACUUCACUAAACUGUGGUUUCACAUUUUCACCUGCCUACCUUCUGGGUCACAAUGUGGAGAAAUAGGAGACUGCCCACCAAACACUUCCUUAGAGUUUUCUCCAGGAGACAUUGACAUAAUGACCAUAUCUGACUCUAGCUAUUUCAUCUACAAUGCUGUGUAUGCAGUGGCCCACGCCCUCCAUAAGAUGUUUCUAGAGAAAGUGGAAAUGGGAUCUCCAGGAGAUGCAGCUCAACCUAAGCUUCUUCCCUGGCAGCUUCACCCACUUCUGAAGAAAAUCCAAUUUAGGAACAGUGCUGGAUAUGACAUAUGCUUCCAUGAAACAAGGCACGAUGUGGUACAAUAUGAUAUCCAGAAUAUUGUGAAUUUUCCUGUGGGCCUUGGGUUGAUGGUCAACAUUGGAAAGUUUUUCUCUAAGAGUUCACAUGAUCAAGCCUUGGUCAUCAAUGAAGAGAUGAUAGAAUGGCCUAUUGCAUUCAAAGAGACUCCUCAAUCUGUGUGUAGCCAGAGCUGUGGCCCAGGAUUCAGGAAAGUGCCACAGGAAGGAAGACCUGUCUGCUGCUAUACUUGCACUUUUUGCACAGACAGAGACAUUUCCAAUCAGACAGAUGCAGAGCAGUGCAUCCCAUGUGCAGAUCACGAGUACCCAAACCAGGAGAGAAACCGCUGCCUCCCCAAGCUGGUGACCUUCUUAGCCUUUGAGGAUGCCCUGGGGAUGGCUCUGGCCUGCAUGGCUCUGUGCUUCUCUGUCCUCACAGCUGCGGUCCUCUGGGUCUUUGUGAAGCACCGAGACACUCCCAUUGUCAAGGCCAAUAACCGGACCCUCAGCUACAUCCUGCUCAUUGCCCUCCUCCUGUGCUUCCUCUGUUCCUUACUCUUCAUUGGCCGUCCCAACACAGUCACCUGCCUCCUCCAGCAAAUAACAUUUGGCCUUGUAUUCACAGUGGCUGUUUCCACCGUGCUGGCCAAGACCAUCACUGUGAUUCUGGCCUUCAAGUUUACAAAACCUGGAAGAACUACCAGGCGAUUGCUGGUAUCAGGAGCUUCUAACUCUGUCAUUCCCAUCUGCUUCCUGAUCCAACUGGCUCUCUGUGGCAUCUGGCUUGGGACUUCUCCUCCCUUUAUUGACACAGAUGCGCACUCUGAGCAUGGACACAUCAUCCUGCUGUGCAACAAGGGCUCAGUCACUGCCUUCUACUGUGUCCUGGGCUACCUGGGCUCCUUGGCCCUGGCCAGCUUCACUGUGGCUUUCCUAGCCAGGAAUCUCCCUGACAUGUUCAAUGAAGCCAAGUUCCUGACGUUCAGCAUGCUGGUGUUCUGCAGUGUCUGGGUGACCUUCCUGCCUGUCUACCACAGCACCAAGGGGAAGGUCAUGGUGGUCGUGGAGGUCUUUUCCAUCUUGGUCUCCAGUGCAGGGCUCCUGGGCUGCAUCUUCCUCCCCAAGUGCUACAUUAUUCUCUUAAGACCAGAAAGGAAUUCUUUGAAAGACUUAAAAAAAAGUGCAAGUUCUAAGGGAUUCUAA